CGGGAGAAGCACAUCAGUCACUUGGAGAAGGAGCUUGCCACGGCAAAGGACACCGCGUUAAGAAUGGAGCAAGAAAAUAUAUCCCUUUCAAAAGAGGCAGAGGCGGCACAGGAGGCUCUGGGCCACGCCGAAGAACGGGUUCAACGGCUCAUGGAGCAACAAGACACAUCGGAUGCUGAUUACGCAAAGGACUUGCGAGAACUAAAGGAUCAGCUUGCUACCACCCAAGAAGAACUUGUGCGUGUGAGGGGUGAGCUUUCAUCCACUGCGCAAGAGAAAAUGAGGCAUGAGACACAGUGCAGAGGUGUAAUCUCUGGGCUGCGAACAAAGUUGGAGGAGGCACGAUGUGAUGCAGACGCCAUGCAGCAACUCACCCGUGAAAAGAAGCAAUUGGAUGAGAUUGCGGAGGAAUACAGGGGCAAGUAUCUUUCCAUGUGCAAGAAGGUGGAAAAUCUUGAUAUUGAGCUUACGGCCGCGACAAAUCGGUGCACGCUGCUGGAAAAACGUCUGGAUGAGGAGCUACGCCGUUCACUACGAAAUGUCUCCACGUCUCCCACUCCACAAAGACAAAAUGGCGUGGAAAAAAGACUUCGGAGUGCAUCAUCGGUGAACGUGCCACUAUCCUUGACAACGCACCCGAGAAAGAAGAGUCGAUCAGUCGAACCGCGUGUUUUUACCAUCAGUGGAUUUGAUGCAUCGGAGUUGUUGACUGAAAUAAAGCAGCUGCCCCAUGCAACAGUUGCAGAGUGCCGGUCAAACACACCAGUUCCCUCCAAUUUGACGCACUUGAUCACAAAUGGUCAGCUAACUAUCAAAUUACUCACAGCUCUGGUGCGUGGGUGUUGGAUAUUGCCAGAUGUUUACGUGCGUGACUCGGUGCGGGAUCAACGGUGGCUUGAUGAGAGCGCCUAUGGCUUUCGUCACGAGCAUCCUCCGCUCUUCCAAAAACGCAUUGGAUUUACCGAGGGAUUCAUUUCUUCCAGGCACUACAACACUGCCAAACUCAUUACGGACGAGGGCGGUGCCACUGUGGAGACUGAGUUGCGUGUUGCAGACAUAGUCUUAUGCACUCACGCUGAACAUGGCACUUUAGAAGAAUGCACGCAUGCAAUGACGUGGGACAAAGUCGUGGAACUUAUUUAUCCGGUGAAGAUUGGCGAUACGCAAUAG